GCAGAUUGAAUUACAAUGUCUAAAUUGAGUGAAAUCGACCAGUACCUAUGGAUGGUGGGCGGUUCGGCGGGAGCCCUCGCCCUUACCGGCGUAGCAGCUGCCUCCGCGUUCUACCUGACUACUCGGCCAAAACCUGAGAAGCCACUUGUCACACUUCACGAACAGAGCCUCCUGGAACCUGGUCCGGAACUUGUACGUGUAUCAAAAUUCUACAAAGAAGCAAAAAACGGUCGGUUUCUACGGUAUCUGCACGAUGACACGCGCACCUUAUACGAAACUUUCCGCAGAGGCGUCAAGGAAUCAAAUAAUGGCAACUGUCUUGGAUGGCGCGAGGGACCAAAUAAGCCGUACGUGUGGCAGACUUACAAUGAAACCCUGCUGCGAGCGAAAAACUUCGGUUCGGGCCUUAUAUGCCAAGGUGUACCUCCGGGCCAGGGCACUUUUGUUGGUAUAUAUGCCCAAAAUUGUCCAGAGUGGAUCAUGACAGAACAGGCUGCCUACUGCUAUUCGAUGAUCAUAGUUCCGUUAUACGACACCCUAGGAGCCAACGCAUGUGCCUUCAUUAUAAAUCAAACCGAAAUGUCAGUAGUAGUAUGCGAAGAUGAUAAGAAAGCGAAUUUACUGCUGGACCAGUCGCCAAAAUGCCUCCGUAAGCUGAUCACGAUUAAGGAAGUCUCACCGUCAACACACCAAAGGGCACGGAGUCGUGGUGUGGAAAUUCUAAAGUUCAGCGAUGUGGAAAUACUGGGAGCGCAGAAAGAUCACCCGUGCAUUCCUCCCCAACCAGAGAGCCUGUGUACAAUCUGCUACACGUCGGGCACAACAGGAAUGCCCAAAGGCGUCAUGCUGACACACGAGAACGUGGUUGCGUCGCUGUGCAGUGUGACGAUGCAACUGGGCGAGCACCGACCGACCAAGCACGACGUGAUGAUCUCCUUCCUGCCCCUCGCCCACAUGCUGGAGCGGUGCUGUGAGAACGCUCUGUACAUGGUCGGAGGAGCGGUUGGUUUCUACAGUGGGGACAUCAGAAGGUUGGCAGAUGACUUGAGUGCUCUCAAACCAACGAUGAUGCCGGCAGUACCGAGAUUAUUAAACAGGCUAUAUGAUAAAGCGCAAAGUGAAAUUUCCAAUUCAAAAAUUAAGAAACUGCUGUUCAAUAUGGCUUUGUCGGCAAAGGAAUCGGAACUGAAGAGGGGUAUAAUCCGGUCAGAUUCAGUGUGGGACAAGCUGGUGUUCCGCAAGGUGCGCGAAGGCAUGGGCGGCCGGCUGCGCAUCAUGGUGGUCGGCUCUGCGCCGCUCGCUGGCAAUGUACUCACCUUUGCACGAUGUGCGCUUGGAUGUUUGAUCGUGGAGGGCUACGGUCAAACGGAGUGCACAGCGCCGGUGACUCUGACGGUACAGGGUGACCAUGUGCCGGAGCACGUAGGGCCUCCCGUCGCUUGUUGUAAAGUGAAGUUAGUGGACGUCCCGGAGAUGGAGUACUACGCGGCGCAGGGUCAGGGCGAGAUCUGUGUACAGGGUGCCAACGUCUUCAAGGGGUACUUUAAGGAACCGGAGAAGACACGGGAGGUCAUCGACCACACUGGCUGGCAUCACACAGGCGACAUUGGAAAGUGGCUACCUAACGGCACCUUAAAGAUUAUCGACAGAAGAAAACACAUUUUCAAACUAUCGCAAGGAGAAUACAUUGUGCCCGAGAAAAUAGAAAAUAUUUACAUUAGAAGUCAGUACGUCGAACAAGUUUUCGUACACGGAGAAUCUUUGAAGUCGUGUAUCGUAGCGGUAGUUGUUCCUGACGUAGAUGUGGUCAAGUGUUGGGCUUUGGAGAACGGCAUCAAGGGCACGUUCUCGGCGCUGUGUGAGAACGAAAAAGUGAAGAAGAUGAUUCUAGAAGACAUGCUGCAGUGGGGAAGACAGGCGGGUCUGAAGACGUUUGAACAGGUCAAAGAUAUCUACUUGCAUCCGGACCCAUUUUCAGUACAGAAUGGUCUUCUCACGCCCACACUCAAAGCAAAACGACCUGAAAUCAAGAGCUACUUCAAGCCACAAAUCGAAGACAUGUACAAACAACUUGAAUAGCUGUAGCUUUUCGUGUAAAUAACGUCAUUGAAGAAAACAAUGAUUCUACGAUGAAACAGACUAAACAGAAGUGACGUUUCGAAGACAGAACAUAAAAUAUUAACUUCUAGGAAAAGUUAAAGUGCAUGAGAGAAGUGAUAUUAUAAUUGAAUGAUUGUACGAAUUUCAGAAAAUAAACAAAUUUUUGGCAAGGAAUUUCUCAUUCGUAAUUUGGCUGGCAUCAGUAAAAUAAUGUGUAAUAUGUAACAAUGGUGACGAUUUCUAAGAUUACAAUAAGCAAUAAGAAACAAGCUGUUUCUCAGUCUGUCAAUUAUAUGGUUGCACGUUGUAUUCGCCUUUAUAUUAUUAUAGUUUGAGAAAAUCUACUAAAAUGUUAGGUAAUGUUGAAUAGGCGAGCAUAGCAAUAAACGCAUUAAUAUAAGUAGUUGCAAAAAGGAAAACAACGCUGACCUUUGCAUCUGAUACCAUAUUCGAGGCUGUUUAUCAAAUAAUAAUCACUAAUUUGGCAAUGGUCGUAAAUCUUUUGUGAUAGCACAUCUAGAAUUACGCAAGAGAAAUGAGUUAGCGAACGCAAUUAGUUAUUGUCUUGUAAGUGAAAGGCUAGGAAAUUGCAACACGUUUGAAUAUUAAUGUCUAUCGGUUUUGAAAAGUAA